CGACGGCUGAGGUCAACUACGGCAACUUCUGAACGUUACCUAACUCGGCCUCUGGAUCGAAAUUUCCGACAGUCGUCGUUUCCACCAACUCCCCACUCUUUCCUCCCCUUUUUCUACCAACCUAUUUUCCUUCUUCAUUCCUCAUUGCGGUUUCUGGGUAAACACUUUUUUUUCUUUCCAGUUUUUCUUUUACCUGUAGUGUUUUCUUGUUGUCCCUUACAGAAUCAGGGCACCUUCCUCUUUGCCAUGGCAAAUUCCUUGCAGACUUUACCUAAUGCUUCUCGUCUUGGAUUCAGACAUCAAUUUUCUGGAGCUGAUUCUGCGUUAGAAUCUGCUUUUGGAUCCGUUUCUUUCCCUUCUCAACUUCUUGCUCCGUCCCUCAAGUCUGUAAAGUAUACUAAGAAAAUGAAGCCAGUAAUGGCUGGGAAUAUUCCCGACCAUAUGAGUGUGGACAUAUCUUUGAGCCCAAGAGUGAAUUCUGUAAAACCUUCCAAGACGGUGGCCAUAACUGAUCAGGCUACGGCUCUUGUGCAAGCCGGUGUGCCAGUGAUCCGGUUGGCUGCUGGUGAACCUGAUUUUGAUACACCUGCCCCAAUUACUGAGGCUGGAAUUAAUGCGAUUCGGGAUGGCUAUACUCGCUACACGCCCAAUGCAGGAACAUUGGAAGUCCGCCAAGCAAUUUGUCAUAAGCUGAAAGAGGAGAAUGGGAUUUCGUAUACACCAGAUCAAAUAUUGGUCAGCAAUGGAGCCAAACAGAGUAUUCUUCAGGCAGUUGUUGCUGUUUGUUCUCCAGGGGAUGAGGUUAUAAUUCCGGCUCCAUUUUGGGUAAGCUACCCAGAAAUGGCAAGGCUGGCUGAUGCAACUCCUGUGAUUCUUCCAACACGUAUAGAGGAUAACUUUCUGUUGGAUCCAAAGCUUCUUGAAUCAAAGAUCACAGAGAAGUCAAGAUUGCUGAUUCUUUGUUCUCCAUCCAAUCCUACGGGAUCUGUUUAUCCAAAGGAACUACUUGAAAAGAUUGCUGAAAUUGUUGCAAAACAUCCUAGACUUCUGGUGUUGUCUGAUGAAAUAUAUGAACACAUAAUUUAUGCUCCAGCAACCCACACAAGCUUUGCUUCUUUGCCAGGCAUGUGGGAAAGAACUCUGACUGUUAAUGGGUUCUCUAAGGCCUUUGCAAUGACUGGUUGGCGACUUGGAUAUCUUGCUGGUCCCAAACACUUUGUUUCUGCUUGUGGAAAAAUUCAGAGUCAGUCCACUUCAGGAGCCAGUAGCAUAUCCCAAAAAGCAGCCGUUGCAGCUCUAGGAAUGGGCUAUGCUGGUGGGGAAGCAGUUGCAACGAUGGUGAAAGCCUUCGGGGAACGUCGUGAUUAUUUGGUAAAAAGCUUUGGUGAACUUGCAGGUGUCAAGAUUUCAGAACCUCAGGGAGCUUUCUACCUCUUCCUUGAUUUCAGCUCUUACUACGGAGCUGAAGUUGAAGGGUUUGGUGUAAUCAACAAUUCAGAGUCACUUUGCAGAUAUCUUCUUGAGAAGGGCCAGGUUGCUCUAGUUCCGGGAGAUGCAUUCGGUGAUGAUAGUUGCAUUCGGAUUUCGUAUGCUGAAUCCCUCAGUGUAUUGCAAGCUGCUGUGGAGAGAAUUAAGGAAGCACUCGAAGCAGCUAGGCCUGUCGUUCCUGUUUAACAACUGCUAAUGCAUGGAAUCAGGAAUAUAAUACAAGCCCUUCAAUUGUUAGUUUCUAUUUAGAUUGAUAAUUUUAAGCUGCUGAAAUUUGUAUCCUAGUGUUUGUGUUCAAAUAAGUAAUACAAAAGACCGAUUUUAAUUAUUUUAAAUUUGAAAAAAUAAGUAUCAAGUCAUUGUCAUUGUUUU